GAGCAUAGUAGCUUGGCACGCCAAGCAAUGAGGCAUAUAAUAAGAAUAAGAAUACAAUUAUACCUCCCCAUCAUCGUCACUUGCAAUUCACUUGCGAGAGAUCCAAGAGAAAAGGCGUGGAUUUAAAAAGCAACAACCCCAGGAAGCACAAGAACUCCCCAAAGAUCUAAAAUCCUCAAGAGUUGCAUCUAGCUCUUCUCAACGUCCUCCGUGCUUAAGGACUUCGAUCAGCAACCAUGAAAUCACCAAUCCCCGACUACCUGAAGCGCGUCCUCGAAGCCGCCCGACCCGAUGAUUCCGGCGCUCCAGCAGGCUACAUCGACGUUCUCGCGCGAGCAGAUACAUCCCGGCUAGGCGUCGCCAUCGCCAUGGUCGACGGCAACGUAUAUUCCGCGGGCGACGACGAAGUGGAAUUCUCGAUCCAGUCCAUCUCCAAAGCGUUCGUGUACGGGCUCGCGAUCGAAGAUGCGGGACUGGAGCGGGUGUUGGAGAAGAUCGGCGUGGAGCCCUCGGGGGAUGCAUUCAACGAGCUGUCGCUUCAUGAGGGGACCAAUCGGCCUAUGAAUCCGAUGAUCAAUGCGGGGGCCAUCACGGCGCAUUCGUUGGUCGUGGGACCGAAUGCCACGGCGGAGGAGCGCACGGAACGGAUUCUGAAGGUCAUGUCGAAGCUGGCGAAUCGGGAAUUGAAGGUGUGCGAGGAGGUCUACGAGGCGGAGAUGAAGGAUUGGGACCGCAAUAUGGGGUUGGCGUACAUGCUCAAAGCGGCGGGUAUCGUUCAAUGUGAUCCUGGCGAGGCGGUGAAGGGGUACAUCCGGCAAUGCUCGAUUAAUGUUACGGUGAGGGAUCUGGCAUUGAUGGCUGCGACGCUGAGCAAUGGUGGCUACCACCCCAUUACGUCCGAGCGGAUCUUUCCGCGGAAGAGCGUGCGUCAGGUCUUGUCGGUCAUGACGACCUGUGGAAUGUACGAUGCGGCAGGAGACUGGGUUUCGAACGUGGGAAUUCCCGCCAAGAGCGGCGUCGCCGGCGGAAUCCUCGGUGCACUUCCCGGUCAAGUCGGGCUCGCGGCCUUUUCUCCCAAGCUGGACGACAAAGGGAACAGUGUGCGCGGCAUCAACAUCUGCGAGCAAUUGUCACACGAUAUGGGCCUCCACAUGAUGGACGUCAGUCAAAUUGCUCGAUCUACGGUCAAUACGGCCAUUGUCGUCAUCAAAUCGGCUGCCAACAGCAAGCAUCCUGGGAAGGAAUCCCGUGCGGCGAUUUUCCAUUUGCGCGGAGCCGUCAAAUUUGCUGGAUCGGAGAUUCUGACGCGUGCCUUGACGCGAAAUCUCGGCGAGCCGGAUCCGAAGGACCCAGGCUCGGGUGCUUGGGCGGAUGCCUGUGCCGUGAUCCUUUCCUUCCGCGAGGUGUUCUCGUUGAACAAGGUAGCGCGACAGAUCAUCCACGAGGAUAUCACUCGCCUGAUGGCGGAUGACCGAAAAGUGGUCGUCAUUGACCCGACAGAUGUCUUACGGUGGGAAGAAGAGGGUAAGGAGAGCCAUCCCAAGGUGGUGAAGAAUCAGGAUGAAGCAAGAGAGUUUGUAGGUGGAGCUGGCUGCUCGGCGACGAUACAGGAGGAUUGGUGAUCGCCCUUUUGGGCUUAAAAAGUUGAUGUUCGAUAAAUCGAGCAUGUCCAGCAUUUGAAGCAAGUUUUCGAGGGUUGUAAGUUUGUGGAAGCGAUUCUUGACUGCAUCGCUUCUCGAGUGUCGGGUGCGAAAGCGCAAAUUUAAAAGCACCUUCUUGUUCAUUUCUUCGGCGCCUCUUCCUCCUUUCCACCAGCCAUGGCCAUCUGCAAAAUCAAAAACAGUCCAAUAGCCCACCAGUACUUUUGCAAAAACGUCUUCUCCGGCUCCUUCCCUUCCACCUGUCCAUCCUCAGACACAACAAUCGGCUUGUUCAAAACCGGCGAUGCGCCCUUCAAAACCGUCACAACCUCAACCUGCAAAUCCUGUCCCGCAGCACCG